AUGCAACAAACACAACACGUGAAUGUUUCCUCUUUGAAGUUUGAUUUUAGCAAGAUCAACAUUCCUAAUCAACUCACCCCGAUCCACAAGGAAGAAUGUUGUGUUUCUUUUGAUACACCAAAAUCCGAAGGAGGCUUGAACGUUUGCUUGAACACAUUUUUAGCCUUUUCUCAAAAGUUUGUCAGAAAACAUUUUGAAUUAACUGGUAACAGUGUAUUUUUGAAUAUUAAGAGAAUUAAGAAAUGGACACCACCUGAAGAGAAGAAGCUUGAAGAAGUUCCAACCAAAAUGGCCAUCGGUGUAGAGGGAGGGUUUAAUAUCAAAGAGGAAGAGGAAGAUGACAAAGAUCAGUAUGAUGAAUUGUUAUCUUUGGUGCUAUUGGAGCCAAACAAUGUUGUCAUUCCAUUGCCUAACAAUGAUCUACCAGAGAAAGUCAAACUCUCCAUCAAAGGUGUUUUAGAAAAUCAAGCUGUAGAACGUAAGAAGGAAGUAUUGCAAUGGGAGGGCGAGCCAUUGACUGAAGGAAAACACACUUUGACCUUGAAACAAGUUGGAGAUGUGAAGAUCCCUCCAUCUGGUUGGAAAUGUAGUCAAUGUGAUAUUACUGACAAUUUGUGGUUGAAUCUUAGCGAUGGACAUAUUGGAUGUGGAAGAAAAUUCUGGGAUGGCAGCGGAGGAAAUAAUCAUGCUGUUGAACAUUAUCAACAAACAGGAUUUCCUGUUUGUGUAAAGCUUGGAACUAUUCAAUUAGAUGAAAAUGGUGAACCUAAAGCAGAUGUAUACUCAUAUGCAGAGGAUAAAAUGGUUAAAGAUUCCAAAUUAGUUGAACAUUUAGAAUACUUUGGAAUUAAUAUUAGAGAAAUGAAAAAGACUGCAAAAACAUUGGCUGAAAUGGAACUUGACCAAAAUUUAAAUUUUGAUUUUACAAGAAUUCAAGAGAGUGACAAGAAUUUACAACCUCUUUAUGGACCAGGAUUUACAGGAAUGAAAAACAUUGGUAACUCAUGCUAUUUGGCCAGUGUGAUGCAAACUCUAUUUUCGCUUCCAGAAUUCCAAAAGAGAUAUUACGACAGAGAAAUGUCAUGUUAUACAUCAACAAGCUCAAUUGAUACUCUUUCACUUCAAAUGGCAAAAUUAGCAUACGGAUUGUUAUCGGGUGAAUACUCAAGAGAAGAGUUUGAUGAAAAUAACGAACGAAGAUAUCAAGAGGGAAUUCCACCAAGAUCAUUCAAAAGUGUUGUUGGAAAGGGACAUGCAGAAUUCAGUACUAUGAGACAACAAGAUUCAGUUGAGUUUUACCAAUAUCUUUUACAACUUAUUGAACGUGAAGACAAGAGAGUUGGGUUUGAAAAUUCUAUUACUCAUCUUUUCAAUUUUAAAGUCGAAGAAAGAAUUGAAUGCUCUGAAUCAAAGAAGGUUAAAUAUACUCACAGAAAAGACAAUUUACUUUCUCUUCCAGUUCCUCUUUCUGCUGCCACAAACAAGGCUGAGUAUGAAGAAUUCUGUAAGCGAGAGAAGGAGAGAGAAGCUAAAGAGAAAGAACUCGGAGUUGUUCAAAAUGUGAAUAGUAGACCUCUCGGUACCACAAGUGAAAAGAAAGAAGUAGUUAGACCAAAAGUUCCACUAUCGAAAUGUCUUGAGGCGUUUGCUGAGGUUGAUGCAGUUGAGAAUUUCUAUAGCUCAGCACUUGGAAGAAAGACAAUUGGUUUGAAACAAACCAAAUUAUCAACAUUCCCAGAUUAUUUGUUUGUCCAAAUUAGAAAGUUUGUUUUGGAUGGAUGGGUUCCAAAGAAAUUGGACGUUUUUAUUACAGAUGCAGAAGAGUUGGAUUUGACAAGUAUUAGAGGAACUGGUUUGAAACCAAACGAGCAAGAGCUACCAUCGGACGAGCCAAAACAAGAAUCUAUUUACAUUGACAUGCAAAUUGUUCAAAGUCUUGUUGAAAUGGGUAUUCCAGAAAAUAGAGCCAAGAGAGGAGCUUGGAAAACAAAUAAUGUUGGCCUGGAUGCUGCAAUGGAUUGGGUGUUUGAUCAUUCAGGAGAUGCAGAUAUUGAUGAGCCUAUUCCAGAACCUUCCAAGAAGCAAUCUGGUAAUGCUUCAUCCAAUGCACCAAGUGACUCGGAUGUGGAGGCAAUCAUGAACCUUGGUUUUCCAAAAGAGCAUGCUGUUGUUGCUCUCAAGCAAACCUCAAACAAUAUUGAACGAGCUGCCGAAUGGCUCUUCAGCCACAUGGAUGACAUUGAUCAGUAUUUGAGGGAAGAGACCUCAGCUAGCACUGUUACUGCCAAAGUGGAGAAGCAUGAAACAUUUUCUGAUGGCUCUGGAAAAUAUGAAUUAAUUGGAUUUGUCAGUCACAUUGGAGCCAAUACUGGAUGUGGUCACUACGUUUGCCAUUUAAAGCGAGAGGUUGAAGGACAGCAGAAAUGGGUCUUGUAUAAUGAUAGUAAGGUACUGGUUAGUGAAAACCCUCCAUUCGAUAUGAGUUACCUUUAUCUCUACAAGAGGAAAUAG